AUGGAAGAUUUUAUAAUAACAGCGCGAGCCGAAUUAAGAAAACUUAAUACUUUUCUUACCUAUGAUAUUGAAGAAUUUAAUAGAAAAUUAAAUUCAACUCGGGAACAUUUUUGUAAUUAUAUUCAACGGCAAAUUCAAAAUUUGCUCAAUGUUGAAAAAGAAUAUAAACAAGAAUUUGAUUAUCUCGAUGAAGAAAACAAAAAAACAUGUGAAAAUAAUCGACAACAAUUUAAUAAAUUAUGUAUAUCAAUAAAUCAAAAUGAUAAUAAUCCAAUAAUAGUUAAAGAAUUACUGAAAGAUUUUCAAGGAAAAUUUCCCCUGAGACCACUUAUGUUAAAAUCUAUUCCUGAGUAUUAUUUUAAAGAUAUUGAUAUAAAUGAUUUAAUUAGAAAACAAAAAAUAAAUGAAAAUGAAUUUGAAGACAACUAUUUAACAUUACCAACAGCUGAUUAUAAUUCAUUUUCUACUAAUACAAAUGAUCAAUUAUUAACUGAGAAUAAGAAACAAGAUCAUCAUUUUAAUUCAUAUUCGAAUAAUAAAUCAGAACUAUUAUGUUCAUCUAAUCGAUCGUCACCUGUUAGAGAACGUUCAUUUAUUCCCGUGCAAACAUCGACAGCCGAUGAUACAGAAAGCUCUCCAAUAGUGUCAGGUUCAAUAGGCUCUUCAUACCAUAAACAACUUGCUUCGCAAAAUAAUGAAAUUGGCAUUGAACCACAAUCUCGUUUAGUUUCAACUUGUUCAACAAUAAAUGGACCUGAUAUGAUGAUUGAUCUUCUAUUUAAAAUUCCUUAUCAACAUAAUAGAAAUCCACGCUUAUUAUCUUAUCAUGAAAAUGAAAAAUAUCUACUUAUUUAUUCGCUAUAUUCUCAUCAAUUAGAGUCUUUAUGUCUUAAUUCACAUCAAUUCUCUGUUAUUAAUUUACCAUCAAACGAAUAUUUAUUAAAUAUAGGUUAUUCAACAAAUUAUAAUUUAUUUUACUUUAGUACUCAACAAACAAAGAAUUUUGUAUUAUUUCGAUUAAAUCAACAACAAAUUGAUUUUGAAAAUAAGCUUUAUGAUGGUGGAGAACAAUCUCCAUACGUGAUAAUUGAUUUUGCAAUUAAUAAUUUUUACAUAAGCUUUUUAGUUCGUUUAAAAAAUAUAAAUAAGUUUAUGAUUGUUAUACAUGAUUCUGCUACUAUGAAUCGACUUCAUUCAUUUGAUCUAAUUGAUGCAUUUCAACCUUUAUCAAUUAUUUCAACUGAUAAAAAAUCGAAUUCAACGACGACAACCAUGUGUAAUGACCAGAUUGAAUUAUUAUUAUUUGUAAAUGACCUAAAAAGCCAUUUAAUACAUUGUUGUACUCAUCAACAAUAUUUAAUACCAAUUCAAGUGAAUGCUUUUGGUAUUUGUCCUUUAAAUGAUGGAAAUUUAGCUUUAGUUGCAAGUAAAGAUAUUCGAGGAUUAAAAGUUCAAAGUUACUUACAACAACAUAAUGUUCAAUUUGAUUAA